AUGUGCCAGCUCCCCAUAGGCGGCUUCACCGACUGCCCACAUGUGGCAUGGGACGAACCCAUUAUCCGCUGCAGACAGAGCUUUGCCUACGAUCCUGAAGAUGCAUGCGAAAACAUCAAGUCUGGCAAGCCCGAGGUGUCGUGGCUGCCAUCGAGACUGCCGGGCAAAUGCCAUUGGUGCAAGAUUCGCAGCGAGGCAAGGCUUGAGAAGCGAUUGAAGGCCGCUGAAAGACGUUGCGUUGAGAAGGACGGAAAUAAACAACCAAAUGUCUCCCAACAUGCGAUCUGUGUCUCUCCCAUGUUCAGGUAUAUUGUGACAUUGACGGGUCUCCUUAGGGUUUUCAUGCAUGCCAACGAAGUGCACAUCUUCCAGACGGUAUUUUCUUCGCCAGCCAAAUCAAGUUUUGGUGGUUUGCUCUCCAACGACAUUAUCAAUAAACAAGCUCUAUCGAGGCCCCACACGUCAGCCAAUCAGCGACAAGUUGAUAUCGCUGACAAUGACGUCGAAACAACGAUCCCCGGUAAAUCUGGGGUAGCUCGAAACGGGCAUCUCAACAAGCAAAUAAAACAACUCGAGAAAGCAAUCAACAUGUCUUGCCCAGUUAUUGGAACCACAAAUGAUGUCCUCCCCCCAAACCACCCCUCAAUAGACCUCUCCAAAGAUGGCCAAGUUUGCCCAGUCGUAGGAGCAUCAACAGACCACCACCACAACCUGCACUCGCAUCCUCCCGUGCCCACAAACAGCACCACCGCAACAUCCUGCCCGGCUCUCAAGUCGGCCGUCAAUGAGCCCAAGGCCAAGGAAAUGGACGACGCUCUUUGUCCCGUUGUGGGGACAGCAACCACGGUGCUUCCACCCGACCACCCUGAUAUGUUGAAGGCGAGCGCAGGGGAUGUGUGCCCAGUUACCAAGGCGACGGUGGGACACCACCAGGGCAAGGUGAAUACGCAUCCUAGCGUUGAUAGUGCACCGGCUGGUGCGGUUUGCCCGGUCACUGGACAGAAGCAAGCUGCGUAA